AAAAUCAAUAUGGAGCCGCAAGAUAUUUAUUAUGACAGAGCUGAAUAUAUUGAAACGGCAUCUGGGAAUAAAGUGAGCAGACAAACAGUUUUAUGCGGCUCGCAAAAUAUUGUUUUACAUGGCAAGGUUAUUGUUCAAUCUGAUGCUAUUAUUCGUGGAGACUUGGCGAAUGUUCGCGUUGGAAGAUAUUGUAUAAUUAGCAAAAAUGUUGUGAUAAGACCGCCGUUUAAAAAAUUCAGCAAAGGAGUUGCAUUUUUCCCAUUACAAAUGGGUGACCAUGUAUUUGUUGGAGAACGUGCUGUUGUCAAUGCAGCUGUAGUUGGAUCUUAUGUUUACAUUGGAAAGAAUGCAGUAAUAGAUAACGCAGUAAUACCACCAGAAACAAUCGUUCCGUCAUUUACUAAAUUUUCUGGAAAUCCAGCAAUGGCAGUGGAGGAUCUACCUGAGUGUACAUUAGAUCUAAUGGUUGAUUUCACCAAAAACUACUAUCAGCAUUUCCUUCCGGCAACAAAAUAG